AACAGUACAGUAGAACUCCAAUUAUCCGAACUCCGACUAUCCGAAUCGCCGAUUAUCCGAAUCACAAAUGCGCGUCAAGUCUUGACUUGACUUGUCUUAACUUGCCGUUGUGCCUACACUGACUUCCCCCCGCGUGUGUAGGCACAACGGCAAGUUAAGACAAGUUCCGGCGCAUUGCAGUCACGGCGCACCUGUCAUUGUUUGUUUUGAUUAGCCAGUGUGCUAUUGACCUUGCUCGAGGACGCUAUGUACUCUUUCGCUACGGCUUACUUUUGUUUGUGCGUGUACAAUACUGUAUUGUUUUUAUACCAUGGCUUCGAAAAGAAAACGUGUUGUGCUAUCGUUAGCGGACAAACUGAAAAUUAUAGAGCAACUCGAUAAAGGUGUAACGGGUAAGAAGUUGUCUGAGAUUUAUGGUGUUGGACAAGCAACAAUUUCUGACAUUAAAAACAGUAAGUCAACACUUUUAAACUUUGUUUCGGUGCUUGAAAAUGAAGAUGGAAGUUCCUCCAGGAAAACAAUGAAGACAGCAACCAACAAAAAUUUGGAAGAUGCCGUGUUUAAAUGGUUUUUGCAGCAACGUUCUAUGGGAAAUCCGAUUUCAGGUCCAAUCCUUUGUGAAAAAGCCAAAAUCUUAGCAGGAAAGCUUGGUUAUUCAUCUUUUAAGGCUAGUAACGGCUGGCUAAGGAAUUUUAAAUUCAGGCAUGGUGUACGCGAGUUAGAUUUGGCUGGUGAGAAGCUUUCAGCAGACUCUGCAGCUGCUGAAAAUUUUAUUGAAAAAUUUAAAACUGCAUCAGAAUCCUAUGAUCCGGAGUUUGUUUAUAAUGCCGAUGAAACUGGCCUUGUUUGGAAAGCAUUACCAAAAACCACUUUGGCUUCUAAAAGGGAAUCUAGUGCCCCUGGACAUAAGGUCAGUAAAGAACGUGUUAUAGUGCUUAACUGUGCCAACUCCACUGGAAAUCAUAAACUGCCACUUCUUUUGAUAGGAAAAUCAAGAAAUCCAAGAGCAUUUAAAAACGUAAAAAAACUUCCACUCUUCUACAAAAGUCAACCCAAGGCCUGGAUGACUGCAGCUUUGUUUACCGAAUGGUAUGAUGAAGUGUUUAUUCCUGAAGUGAAAAAGCACCAAAAAUCGGUGGGAAAAGAAGGCAGUAAGGUGCUUUUAAUUGUUGAUAACGCACCCACUCAUCCUACAGCAGAACUGUUGGAAAGAGAGAAUGGGCAGUUUAAAACGACGUUUUUGCCUCCCAAUGUUACAAGUUUGCUGCAACCCAUGGACCAGUCUGUUAUUGAAACAAUGAAGCGCCAUUACAGAAGGCAACUGCUGAGAAAACUGCUGAUCGAAGGUGCUGAAGAUGAAGAAUUGGAUUUGGAAAAUCAUAGCAAAAUAAAUUUAGAGGACUGCUGUUACAUGGUAGCGGAAGCUUGGAGUUUGGUUACGGCAGUGACGCUAAGACGUGCGUAG